AUGAAGCGACGAUGUUAUACCGGUCGAACGAUUUUUCGUUUUGUCUUGCACGUUGUCUUGGUGGGAUAUCUGCUUGAAAAUGGCGAGAUGCCACUGCCUGUGGCGUUUGCGAAAUCGGUCAAGGCCAAAAAGUCCGUGAGGCUGAGAGGCCACCGUCAAACGACGAAUGCCAAAGCAUCAGAGCCAGCAUCAGUUUUGACGCAAGUGAAACAGGAAUCCAGUGGUACCACUAGUAUUGAGCAAUCAUCCUCAAAGACCCGAAAGUUGACGUCCAUGUGGGAAAACACAGAAACGGCAUACCACGUGGAAUUUGGAGAUGCAAGGAACAGUGAUGUGCAAGCAGACGAGAAAGCGGUGAUAGAUGUGAUUGUUGACGGAGAGUUGACCUCCGAUACAGACUUGGCUCCGGUGCGCGACGAGGAACAGGGCGAGCCUGGAAUGGAGCCUGGAAUGGAAGAACCUCCUUCCAUUGAUCACCUGGAGAUGGAACAAUCGUCGGCCGAUGAUCCAUACGAGGUAGAUCCCAUGAAAGAAGAACCAAAAGAGCUAUAUGUGCACCCUGGCGGAAAAUCAUACAAAACCAAUAAAGUCAAGGGUUCUCCGAAGAGCGCGGUAGAGCCUGAACCAGAACCGCCAAUGCUGCCAGAGCCAGAGCGUGACCCAGAGCCAGAAGAAAUCGAAGAAGUCGACGAAGAGGAGGAAGAUUACGACACUGUGGCCGAGCCCAUGGUGACUCCAAACAUCAAGGAAGAAGAAGUUUCGGUUGAAGAAGAAGAAUAUGUAGAGGAGGAGCCUGAGGAACGUCCAAAGGAUGGGAAGGACGACAAGGAUGAAUACAUCUCGGCCGAGCCUCAGCACACCGAACCCGUUUCCGAGGAUGAAGAGCUUGCAUCACCAGAAGAAGAGUAUCCUCCCGCCAAAGAAAGCGGAAAAGGCAAAGCCAAAGGAAGAAGCCGACGGUCACCACUGAUGGCCGAAAUCGGUGUGGGAGUCCAUUACACCCGCCCCAGAUCCUCCGGUACGCCUAACAAUCAGGACUAUUCGGCACUGGCCAGAAUAACAUCGCAUGUCUGUGACUACAUAUUCAGGAACUACUUUGAAGACAUUGAAGACCUUCGAUUCUUGUCAACAGAUCAGUUGGCAAUCUACACCGUGAUUGCCAAUGACUACGUCGAGUUUACAGUUGCAGCAUAUUUUGAUGGUGACUCCAGUAUACUUCCCAAUGAAAGUCGGCUGACGGAUAUCGUCGUGCGUAGUCUUCAGGAUGGCAGCACGUACUACGACUACUACUUGUUCUUGCUGGAAAAUUUGGGAGCCGGCAACUCGUUUGCCUCGGUCACCAGCAUAGAACUCAACGUGCAAAGUUCCCAUCUAACAGGACCAGGUGGGCAUUUGAACCCGCCGCCAACCAUUGCUCAACGAGGCACAAGUCGAAUCUUCAAGGUGUUCAUUCCGAUUGUGGUCGUGCUACUAGCCAGUGUUGUGGGUGCCAUGGUCUACAUGAACUGGGUGGAGAGCCACGAGCUUCCUGAAGGGGAAGGAGAGAUCCUUAACAAGGUGCACCGCCGACGACAAGAUCCACGAAAGCGACUACAUCAAAAUCGUCGCUAUCGCCAUCGUCACUAUCAAAGUGCGAGCAGUAGUGAUGGAGAUCACAGUACACUGCCAUCGUUAGGAGAUCAAUCCUCCUACAUCGCCGACGAUGCAACAUCCAUCUCUGAGUCUUCUGAUCGAUUUGUUGAUGAAAUGGUACCAUCGCCUCCUCGGAGGGCCAGACAGGUCCGUGUGUCACCAAAGGUCCGCUACCGUACCUUCACUCCAGCUGAUUUUUCGUCUCGAGUUGACUUUGAAGAAGUAAAUCUUCAAGAUGACGUUGAUGAUGACGACGAUUGCCCCAUUCCACUGGAGCCAAAGGUUCCAGCUAAGAAGAGUCCGGCGAAAGUAGCCACGACCACCCAACUGGAGCCACAAAUUUCAGCUAAGAAGCCUCUUGCGGAAGAAGAAGCGACGACGACCCAACUGGAGCCAAAGAUUCCAGCAAAGAAGACCCUACUGGAGCCACAAAUUCCAUCUAAGGAGACUCCGGCGGAAGAAGAAGCGACGAUAACCCAACUGGAGCCACAAAUUCCAACAAGGAAGACUCCGGCGGAAGAAGAAGCGACGAUGAUCCAACUGGAGCCACAAAUUCCAACAAGGAAGACUCCGGCGGAAGAAGAAGCGACGAUGAUCCAACUGGAGCCACAAAUUCCAACAAAGAAGACUCCGGCGGAAGAAGAAGCGACGAUGAUCCAACUGAUGGACGACUUUGCCAAAGUGCUCAACUCGGCACCGUUCGGCGUCGACUCAACAGACGAACCACCAGCAAGCAAAGCGCCUCCAGGAAACGAUCAGCUGUCGUCAACUGCCAGCAUUCCAUGGGAUGAAGCAUCGAGGCAGCGAGCGGAUGUGUUCCGUUCAGACAUUUCAAGAACCCGGUCUGCUGAUCCAGACGGCGUUGUCCCUAUAGAAGAUGAUAAUGCCGAAAAGCGACGAACGUCGGAAGUCACUGUGGCAACUGCAAACUUGACAACGAUCGAAGCUCAGAAACAAACCACAGAGAGCAUCCCAGAACAGGCGAUACCGGUAGCUACUACCGGUCCAUCCAAAGCACCUCCACAGUCCAUGCUAUCAGCUCUACGGCAGAUGAACCUUGAACUCGAUGAAAACAUGCGCAAGUUCCGAUCAGCGGAAUCUCGACAAGUUAUGCUGGGAGAGUCGACUGAUAUGGAAGAUGAGUUUGAAGAGGAGCUCGUUGACGAGGAAGUUACGGUCGCUACUGAGUACGAAGAGGAGGAACUGAUUGAGGAAGAAACAUUGUACGAAGAUUCUACUGUUCAUGACGUCGCGCGCCAAGAAACCGAGGACGAAGGAGACAAGGUUGACGAGACGAAGUCGCUACCUGAGGAACCAGCCGCGUCUCCUGAUGAGAGACCAGCAUUGACAGAGAAACCCUCUACAGACGACGCGAGUGUUACUUCGCAGGUCUCAAACUCAAAACUUCCUCCUAAGAAGCUACGCGACUUCUGGGAGAAAAAAAGCACCAACCAACAGAAUCCUCGGGACUUUUGGGAAAGCCAGUCAAAACGCAAAAAAACCUAGUGCUUGAUAACAUCGUCUCAAAGUUCGGGACGGCCCGUUCAAACUACAUUUACUUCGCUAUCAGUAUGGCUGCCUUGCUUCGAUUAAAUGCUUCACUAAAACAAUGUGGCAAAGUGUAGCAGUAGCUAUACUAGUAUUAUUAGCAGGAAACCAAUAGGUUUU